AUGUCACAUCACUACUCACCCAACUCUAGUAUUCUCUCCGUUCCCGAUGGGGAUACUCGAUCUGCGAGUGACGUAUGCGAUGGGACUGAACCAUUCAGCUACGCGAAUGGCGAUUUCCGCCGAGGCCACGUCCACUUCGCUGCUGAAUUGGGCAGCGCCGUCGAAGAAGCCGUUGCAUCGACUGUAGCAAGACACGGAGGCUCUGGUAUUGACAAGAGCCUUGCCUGGGAAGCCAUUCAGAGUCUAGCAAGGUCCAAGCUUGACGGACUUACAAGUAGCUUGAUAGCACCAGGGGACCAAGGCUUUCACACUUCUAAUAAUUUUAUUUCUGCCGCUGAAACGUCGCUUCUCUUUUUUGGAAAUGCCGGCUCUAUGGACCACGAUGUCCCAUUGAUGACAGGCUUGGAUGCGUUCUUCCAGAAUGAACAGCCUCCUGGCUUCGAAAAUGUUCAAAACCUGGCCGUACCAGAACUAGAACGUACCAUUUAUGAUGAUGGUCCCUCCUCACUGUGGCAGAUGCCCAUUCCAAGUCCCUCCUCCGGAACGAUUACUCUGCCAACCAAUAGUCCAUCCUUACAAGAGCCGUGGCCGGAUGGAGAUUCUGUUAAGUCUUUCACGACAGAUAGCACACGCACUAUCACAACCACUCCUGUUCCUAGACGUCGUGGUACGGCGGCCGGACAGGCCGGACAAAGACUCGCGAUUCCUCAAGCACGGCACGACGAUUCUUGGCCCCAGAGAAACUUCAGACCUUUAUCCAAGCGUUCUAUAACUCAAGCUGAUCGUUUGAUGCAAAUUGAUGUGACGAAACUACCUAGUCAGCGAUCUAAGCGCGGAAGACCGAGUCAACGGCCUAGUUGCGCUCGUUGCAAGAUUCAGAAAAGAAGAUGCUCUGGCAACGCUAAGGCUUGCGAGUCUUGUGAUGUGUCAUCCGUGUAUCGACAUCUCUGCAUUCCCGCAGAUUUUAAAGGGUCUCGGACUCUCCUUCACAUGUCAUUAAGGCCGUACGUCCCUUUUAGCCGAGAUGCUCUCACUCACGUUCUAUUCCGUGGGACUGAAGCUGGCAUGAUUACUCCGAAGGCUGAGAGCACGGCAUUUUCACUGGAAGAUGGCACUUUAACACCGGAGAAGAUCGAUGCCUAUUGCGAUAGUCUUGCAUUCGACCUAGCACUGAAUGAAGGAAGGAGGGCAACGGACAGGAAUAGGCUUGCGAGUCAUAUCCUUAUGUUUGCUACGACACAAUGUGCAGGACUUCAGGAAGUGCCGAGUAUAGAAGGGAUCGGCUUGGUACAGCUUGCGCUACGGUUCUGGGCCAUGCAGGCUGUAUUUUUCAAGUAUCCUUGGACGAUAGUGAAAGGCGCUUCAGAGAUAGGCAUGUCUCCGCUGGAUAUCCCUGGAUGUUGGUUUGGAAAGACACUACUCCCGCGGCUUGUCAACCAACAACUCGACAAGGCUUUCGAAACCCGUAUGGAUGAACUUGAACGAGAGAUCCUUGAACAACUUCAAAAUAUGAUCCUCCGCCGUGACCGAGGCACGCACUGGUGUGCCAUUUUCUUAACAACUUUUACACUCUUACAUAGCCUCGAGAAAGACUCGUGGAACAUGCACGCCUGGGAGUAUGAGAAGAAUCGUGAUGGUGGAACUCGUUGGCCUUUGAGAAGAGACCCGUGUGAUUACUAUGGUCAGAACAAACAUAUCGCAGAUACAUUGACGACAUAUUUCCGUAUUGUGACGAAUGGGCAUGCGCCAUUUGCCAUAGACUGGACAAAAUCUUCAAACCAAGGCCUCCUGGGUGAGAGUUCACAUGCUCGGUCGCUGAUUGAGGGCAUACAAAAAGACCUACAGAACCCCCAGUCCAACUACGGGAGAGAGUUAUAUGCCCUGAGCGAGUUUCGAAGGGACGAUAUCGAGAGCUUGAACUAUCACUAUACCAAGAGAUUGAUUUUAGGUUAG